AUGAUGGAAUUCAACCACCCGAGUGACAACUGCACAGCAGGAAGCAAGGACCUGUACGUGUUUUAUUUCUCUGUAAUGAUAAUAGAGUUUAUCCUGGCUCUUCCUCUGAACCUCUCGGUCAUAUACCUCUUCAUAUUUAAACUUAAGUUCUGGAAGUCUAAGAGCAACAGCAUUUUCUUGUUCAAUCUCGUGCUGGCUGACAUCCUGUUGCUCAUCUGCUUGCCGGUAAGGGCGUACAACUUUCAGAGAGGAGAGAGACGCAGUGAAAAUAAUGUGGUGUGCAGAGCUGUGCUCUUCUUGCUCUUCCUGAAUCGAGGAGCCAGCAUCGCCUUCCUCACUGUUGUUUCCAUUGACCGCUAUGUCAGCGUGGUGCACUUGGGUUUGAAAAACUCCCUCAAGAUUCGACAGCGAUCAGUUCUUAUUUCUGUUCUUAUCUGGAUAUUUCUGCUCCCUCUGACCACACCAGCCAUGCUGAAGACCUUCGAGUGCUGCCACAGCAAUGAGGAUGCCGAUGGCAGCGAAGACAACACUGUUACUGUCGUCUUCAGAGAGCUUGUGUUUUUCAGCCAGGUCCUGAUCCCAUUCGCUGUGCUUGUCUACUGCGCCACACGGAUCACGAAGAGGCUCAGGAGGAAAACAGUGGGUGACAGGACCAAGCUCCGUAAAGCAGUCUUUCUGGUCAUCUCGGUCGUGUCAGUCUUUUCUAUAUGUUUUUUGCCAUCUGCCAUUUCAAGAACAGUGCUGCUGAUUAUGAGGGCCAGGGAGCUACCCAAAGCAGAGGAAAUUGCAGUUCAAGUAUAUGAUGGCCUGAUGUGCCUAUCCUAUUUGGAUUGUUUGUUAGACCCUAUUGUGUACUGCCUGAGCAGCACAAAAUUUAAAAACUUAUAUUUAUCGACCUAUCUUCCCAUUCUGUUAAAAAAUAGAAAUCCAGCAAACCACUGAAAUAUAGGUAAAAACACC